UCUUAAAUCAUGCUUAUCCAAAAUAAAAUAAUUUAUAUGUUAUUGUUAUAUCAUAAAAUCAUUUGCCCACUGAAAUCAUAACUCAAUAACUCAUUACUCAGCAUCAGUAAGAAUCACGAUUAAACGGUUAUAUUUCCUAUGUACCUAUCCACGAAUUAAUUCUUAAUUCCUGGGUAUGUCUUAAAUCUUUAUUUGUGGUCAGAAUGGAUGUUUCAUAUCAUGUUUAAUCUCUGUUGUAUGCCUCGGACAUCGGGUCUAUAAGAUAUAUCUUAGUCUGUGCCCAUAGUCUAUUGAACAAUCUAUAACAAUUUAUUAUUUAUUAUAUAAUAUUAUACAAUAUUGUCAUUCUCUCGCUAUUGUAAUAUUUUAUUAGAUUACAAGUUACAACUUAUAAGAGUAGUCUGUGACUAGUGCAGUAGUGCAUGGUACAAGUAUUUAAAAAAUACCUAAAAUGCCUGUUUCGUGCGCUGCAUGCACAAACAGGUAUAAAGUUGGACAGAAUAUACAUUUCUUUCGAUUUCCCAUUUCUAAAAACGAAUUGAUGACAAAAUGGUUAAGUGCUAUGAGGAGAAAACAAUUUGUAGCAAGUCAAUGGAGUCGAUUAUGCAGUGUUCAUUUUACUGAACAAGAUUUUCAAGUUAGACCUGGAGCACAUCGAUUACUAUUAAAGGACAAUGCAGUUCCAUCAAUAUUUCCAUCAUUUCCACCUUACCUUCAAAAACAAAAUAAAAUUCCUAGGAAAACCCCUACACUUAGGAACACUUGUAGUAAAGAUGUAACAGUAGAUCAAUGUGACGACAUGCAUUCAAUUAGUAAUUUUAAGAGUGUUGAAAUACAAACUGAAACAUCUCAUUCAAAUGAAGAGAUGCAUAAAAAUAAAAUUAAAAUACUACAACAAAAACUACGAAGGAAAAAUAAAAAAAUUGAAAAUUUAGAAGAUUUAGUAAAAAAUUUAAAAAAUAUCGGACACAGUAAAUUGCCAAAUAAAAAGCAAGAUACACAAAGCCUACAUUUAGAUGAUGUACAAAUUGCAUUUGAAGAAACAAAUGACAAUUGCAAAUCAGAUAAUACUAAUCUUAAUGUGGGUGGUAUUUGCCAAGAUUUAAGUAAUUGUAAUGAUUUUGAAGCAACGAUAAAACAGUUUGAUAAGUGUGUUGGUAAAAUGAAACGUGCUUUUGAUUCAGACAAAGCAUACUUUCUACCAACCAUAAAAAGUUUUGUAAAAUCAAUGGAAAAUAAUGUAAAAACACACGCAGGACUUUGUUCAGCUAUGGAGAAUUUUGGUAAGUACUCUGAGUUAAACCCCAAAUUGAACAAUUCAAAAUUAAUAGAUAAAAAAAGAAUUGGAACCCAGCCCACUGAAAGGACUAGACAAAAAACACAAAUAGGAAGAAGAAACAAUUUGACAGCUGGAAGAACUCCAAACUGGAGACGAGUACCUGAACACGGUUACGCAAUCAGAAUAAGUUCAAGUAGAUCACCUCAAAAGAAACGUAAAACUCCACAUUCUUUAACACGCUGUAUAGAAAUAAAUAAAGUAUUAGACUCAACAUAUAAUUUGAAGUAAUAAUAUUAUGGAAAAUCAACAUUUGUAAUAUUGUUCUAAUUAGGUUUUUAAGUUUAUUUUUUUAAAUUAAUUGUUCGACAUCUAAAUAUGUAAUACCUAGUACAUGUAUAUAAAUACAUACUAUGUAAUGGUAGUUAAUUUAGUACUUAAUUUUUAAUACACUUAUUACAUGUGUUAUUAUUUUAAUGAGUA